AUGGAUCUUCCGAAGCUGCUCGCCGCCCCGACCGCGCGCGGAGCCCAACAUGGCGGCGGCGGCGGCCCCGGCCGACUCCGUCGAGGCCCGGGGCCACCGUCUAGCCCGGGCCCCGCGCGCCGCCGCCUGCUACUGCUGCGGGGUCCGGAAGAUGGCGGGCCGGGGCCGCUGCGCGGGGAGGCCCGGGUGGCGUCGGCGGCCCCGGGGCCGAGCCCCCCGCCCCCCGAGGACGGUGGCGACUCUUUCGUGGUGUUGCUGGAAGUGGCGCGUGGCGCCGCGGCCGAGGCCCCCGGGCGGCGGGAGGUCGGGUCCGGCGCUGGCGCGAGCCCAAUGCCUUACCCCCAGCAGGGCCCCAGCGGCGCAGCCGCCGCCCCCGGGUCCGGCGCGGCCCUUGCGGGCACCGUCACCAUCAACAGCCAGGACCUGCUGGUGCGCUUCGAUCACGGCGUCUUCACGCUGGCCGCCGCGCCGCCGCAGCCCUGCCAGCCUCCCCAGGGCCCGCCCGCGCCGCCGGGCGAGGAGGCCGCGAGCCCGGCCGAGGGCCGCCGCGGUCCCCAGGGCCCCGGCUCUGGUGCCCCGGGCUACCGCUGUCCCGAGCCGCAGUGCGCGCUCUCUUUCGCCAAGAAGCACCAGCUCAAGGUGCACCUGCUGACGCACGGUAGCAGCCAGGGCCGGCGGCCCUUCAAGUGCCCCCUGGACGGCUGUGGCUGGGCCUUCACUACCUCCUACAAGCUCAAGCGGCACCUGCAGUCGCACGACAAGCUGCGGCCCUUCGGCUGCCCGGUGGGCGGCUGCGGGAAGAAGUUUACCACCGUGUACAACCUCAAGGCGCACAUGAAGGGCCACGAGCAGGAGAACUUGUUCAAGUGCGAGGUGUGCUCCGAACGCUUUCCCACGCACGCCAAACUCAGCUCCCACCAGCGCACCCACUUCGAGCCCGAGCGGCCCUACAAGUGUGACUUUCCCGGCUGCGAGAAGACAUUCAUCACAGUGAGUGCUCUGUUUUCCCAUAACCGAGCUCACUUCAGGGAACAAGAACUCUUUUCUUGCUCCUUUCCUGGGUGCAGCAAACAAUAUGACAAAGCCUGUCGCCUGAAAAUUCACCUGAGAAGUCAUACAGGUGAAAGGCCUUUUAUUUGUGACUCUGACAGUUGUGGCUGGACCUUCACCAGCAUGUCUAAACUCCUACGACACAAAAGGAAACAUGAUGAUGACCGGAGGUUUACCUGCCCUGUUGAAGGCUGUGGGAAGUCAUUCACGAGAGCAGAGCACCUGAAAGGCCAUAGCAUCACCCACCUGGGCACAAAGCCAUUCGAGUGUCCCGUGGAAGGGUGCUGUGCCAGGUUCUCUGCCCGUAGCAGCCUCUACAUUCACUCCAAGAAACACCUGCAGGACGUGGGUGCUCCGAAAAGCCGUUGCCCGGUGUCCAACUGUAACAGACUCUUCACCUCCAAGCACAGCAUGAAGGCGCAUGUGGUCCGACAGCAUAGCCGGCGCCCAGAUCUCUUCCCUCAGCUUGGAGCUCCGAGUUCUCUUACGCACAGCAGUGAGCUUGGCAGCCCAGGCCAAAGUGAGCUCAACAACAUAGACCUGGCAGCGCUCUUCUCUGAUGCACCUGGUGAUGGUGGUAGUGCGGUGGGGGCCUCAGAUGAGGCGCUGAACUCUGGAAUCCUGACUAUUGAUGUUACUUCUGUGAGCGCUUCACUCGGAGGGAACCUUCCUGCUAAUAAUAGUUCCUUGGGGCCCAUGGACCCGCUGGUGUUGGUGGCCCACAGUGACAUCCCUCCAAGCCUGGAUAGCCCUCUUGUUCUUGGCACAGCAGCCACAGUUCUUCAGCAGAGCAGCUUUGGUGUGGACGACGUGCAGACUGUAAGCGCAGGAGCAUUAGGCUGUCUGGUAGCUCUGCCUGUCAAGAACUUGAGUCCGGACCCACAGGCUUUGACCUCAGGUGGUCAUUUAGCAGGCAACACCACCAUACUGACCUCUCCGAGCCCCCCACCUGGAAACACCGGUGGCCCAGAACUGCUGGCUCCAAUCAAAGUGGAACCAGACUCACCUCCCGGCCCUGACACCGUGAGGCAGCAAGAACGGAGCCGAGGGGCGCCCAGGUCGGUGUUCUGCAGCCCUGUGGAAAAGCACAGUCCUCAGAAAGACACGGGGCUCAGUGCGGGGACCGGCAACUUCUAUUUGGAAAGUGGGGGCUCAGCAAGAACUGAUUCCCGAGCCAUUCAACUAGCCAAGAAAAAAAAGCAGAAAGGAACUGGGAGCAAUGCAGGAGCCUCGGGGUCCACUCAAAGGAAAAUGAAAGAUGGCAAGGUCAGUCCUACUCACUUCCACACAAGCCAGACUGGCUGGUUGUGUGGGAACCUUGUGGCGCCCAGCGGAGGUCUGCCAGGACCAGCUCCGGCGGCCAACGUGCAGUGCGUUCAGGUCCAGCUACUGCAGGAUGACCCCUCAGGUGAAGCAGCCUCGCCAUUGGUUCUCAGCCCGCAGCCUUCUGCCCUUCACCCCGUGUUGGCUGUCGAUUUGCCCGUCUAUGUCCUCCAGGAGGUGCUUCCUGCAGCUGGAGGGGCUGCUGGGCCUGAGGAGGUGCAGUGUGCAGGGAGCACCAUCAACCUUCGGGACCUGCAGUGACAGCGACCCUCUGCCCCGGGGACAGUCUGUGGCCCCCGGACUCUGUUACGUGGUCUUAUAGGCCUGGGGAGGACCCCACUGGGUUUAAGCUCAGGAGGCUGAGUUCCUCGGAGACUUUGGGGCAUGUUUCUCAAAAAUGUUUUUCUUACACUUUAUCAGGAACCAGUUUGGGGCAGUAUUCGUUGAAAUCGCCUUACACGAACUGAGGCAAGGACUGCCCUCAGGGCAAAGCACAGGCCUUUCCUGGACUUGGCCGUGCGCAGACACCCCUUGUCCCAUUUGAUCUAAGCCAUGGAGCCCCUGCUGUAUUAGAAAAACAGACUUAGGCUGGAAGUAGG